AUGUCAUUUCGAAGAAGAAAUGUAGUUGUCUCUUCACCUGGGGCCGCUGUACCACCUCCGAGUGCAGCAGAAAAGAAUGUCAUCCCAGGUGUGCGACCUUCGCCAAUCGAUGGACGACCGACCACAUCGACCGGAACGAGAUCCCUUGAUAGUUUGCUGGGUGGGCAUGCUGGUUUACCUCUAGGAACCUCCCUCCUCAUUGAAGAGAGUGGUGCUACGGACUUUUCGGGUGCAUUGCUUCGGUACUAUGCUGCUGAAGGCGUUUUACAGGGUCACUGCGUUCACGUGCUUGGAGUCGAUGAUUCCUGGGCGCGUGAGUUGCCCGGUGUUCAGGCCUCGUCAUCGCUGCCUGCUGGGAAAUCUGCACAGAAUGCUGCUGCCGAGAAAAUGAAGAUUGCGUGGAGGUAUGAGAGGCUUGGGGAAUUUGGAAAAGGUGGGCGCUCUUGUGCCAUAUGCCGGACAGUUCUCAAGGAUUACUGCCCAUUGAGAAAUUUUCGACCCGAUGCUGACCCUCGACAUAUAGAUAGGCAAUCAGGCCCCCAAGCUAGCACAGGUUCUAAUGACUUGAGCGGGCAAGCAGACUUUUGUCACGAUUUUGAUCUCAGCAAGCGCCUGACUCUCCCCGGUCCAACGCUUUUAAGAUGCGUCCCUGUGCAUCCUCAGGCGGGUGCUACUAUCCACGGCGAUGAGGGCAUAAAAUCCCCAUUCGACGGCUUUCUGCGGCAUUUGGUGGCACAUAUCUCUUCCCUGCCACAAGGAACGAUUCACCGCGUUGUCAUUCCCACCAUUCUUUCCCCUGUGGCAUAUCCAAGUGUGGCAUCGGAUCCUCGGCAUGUCUUGCAGUUUCUUCAUGCAAUACGCGCCCUUCUCCGCCGAUUUCCAAACCAACUAACUGUCAUGACAUCGCUGCCUCUGUCCCUCUACCCUCGCGUGUCCGGCUUGACGCGCUGGGUGGAGAUACUCAGCGAUGGAGUAUUGGAGCUUGCCCCCUUUCCAUCACAUGCGAACCUUGCUUUGGCUACUAGCGUACCUAGUUCAACAAUGCUGCAGGAAGAGCCUCCACAGGGGUUACUAAGGGUCUAUGAGUUGCCGAUAUUGCACGAAAAGGGUGGGGGGGAGCACCAGAGCAGCGGGCACACCGAUGACUUGGCGUUUACACUGAGUAGGAGGAAGGGUCUAACAAUAAAGCCCUUCAGCCUGCCACCACUUGAUAGCGACGAUAGUCCUGACUCACAUCAGCAUGACUCUGGUCACAGUCAUGGGAAAUCUACUAAAGUGGACAUAGAGUUUUGA